ACGCUGCAUCGUGACCCGUCUGUUCGCGCACUCCUUGCGUGAAUAUAGUUUAUUUUGGACCAGUCUAGAGUCCACUCGCAGCUGACUUACAACCAGCAGGUCGAGUGGACAAUAGAUAGAUAUGUGUGUUGUGUCUGUCUCAUUUCUGUGUGCCAUACGCACAAGGAGGCAACAACAACAACAGACAGUGCAUCUUCGCAUUCAGGCCCGAACGGGUAGUGGCCACAAUUUUUGUUAAUAAAAACCGUUGUUUUGUAACUUGUGCGGUGUUUUUUAAUUGCUGGCGCUCCCGAGUGCUGCUGUCCUGGACGAAGUCUUCUUGCCUGCUCUUCGCUGCGCAUCGAACAUGGUCCUUCGAGCCGGAUGGGCAGAAAGUUUCUGUCCGUCCGGCCCCUACAACGUCGACUUCGCUCCAAGAAAGGUAGCUGCUAUGGCGGACGCGCCAUCGAAGUCAGGAGUUCAAGCUGAUGUACGCCACGGUAAACUCCACCAUCUGCACCCACAAGCCACAACCUACGCCGUCGUUACGGCCUCCUGUGCUCGACCAGCAACACCACGGAGUCCAGUCGUACGACUCAUCGUCAAAGAACCUGCGAACUCGGAGAUUGUGGACGAUAAUCGACAUCGAUCGCAGUUGGAUAGACUGGUCCAGCUGUAACACGUGCCGCACCGGUACCAACUUGCGUCGCAACGGCGAUCGAGCCCAAGGUUUCCACAAGGAUUCAUCUGGUCAAAUCAUCGCACCAAGUUUCCACAAGGAUCAACCCGGGACACGUCGUUCAACAAGUUCGGCCAGCGCGGCCGGGUCCAAGUUACCCACAGCGGAUAAACUUCACCACGGGCUGAGUUUCUUUUGUGCCUCCGAAAAGCCGCCAUCGCUGAGGACUUCGCCGCUAGCCGCUGUCUGCUGGAAUUACGGUAGGAACCGAUCACGGAACUCCGGGGCGUCCGGAGACAAAGUUGGAAGCGAGCCACCAGUUCGUACAUGGUCCUUCGAGCCGGCAAUUUGAUCGUGAAGGCAGAGGGCGAUUGUGAACACGAUGGCGGAUGAGUCGAUGGAGCUGGGUCCGGCUACUCAGGCCGAAAUCUUUGACGUCGAGCAGUUCUUGGAGGAUUGUGACGAGGAGUUCGCGUAGUCUACAACAGAUGCGCGCCGAGGAGGAGUACCAGAGGCAAACCACGGCAAUCAUCAAGCUUCUUCAGCACACCAAUAUUCUUCUGGAAACUGUCCACUAAACUUGACAAAGAAUCAACAGACUGAGCUUCUAUCUUGGGUAUCGCGAAAAGAGAGUUCAGGUGACACUUGACAAGAACUUUCGGAUUCUGGUACCGAUCCGUCAGAAUCUCCAUCGCGAUGUCGUAGGUGUCAGCAGAAACCUUGAGGUUCGCGAUGUGUUCGGCAGCUUUUCCCACGAGCGCGUGCUUCAGGUAGUGGAACUUCUGAAUGUCAGACAGUUCCGGGUUCGAGUCGAUAAGCGAGGAAUAAAUGUCGUAGAACGAGACCCACUUCAAAAUAUCCCCGUCAAAGUCCGGAAUAGAGAUGCUCGGGAGCCGAAGAGCACCGUAGGCUAUGCCAGAACUGAUGCUGGACGCCGAAGAGUGAUGAGGUGGUUGGACAGAAGAGGUUGGUAGAACUUGUUCAUCUUGACCGGAAGUUGACGAUUGCUGAUCUGGACGGCUGGUUUGAGCUGACGGAACUUCCCUGCGAGCCGCACUGUUAAACUGCUUCUUCGCUUGAUCAGGAACGUUUCGAUGGAGGAGAGUGUUGUGUCUUCUUCCGCCGAAUUCCGACCAAGGAUCAACUCCAGCCAGUCACGAACCAUUGCGCGUUCUGACAAAAGGUUUCCCACAAGUGUGGAUCAACCUAACGAGGACCACAUAUACAACACUUCGACGAAGCUGGCGCCUCAACCUCACCACCAAAGGAUUCCUGAAAUUACCAUUUCAGCGGGGGCAGACAACGUCCAUUGUUGAUUUCACCAUUCUGAUCAGCUUCCCGGGAAAGCCGUUCUCGUGCAUGAUCUUCUCCUACACGCCCUACUUGUACCUGCAGUCGGGUGUAGACAUCUUUCACCGUCUUCAGGUGACGACAUUUCUCGAGGAUUUGUCGGAGUAAAAAUAUUUGAUCCAUGAUAGCGCGCUCUCUAGCCCGUCUGGUAGGACCCCACAACCGUGAUGCCGCCCUUAGGCUCUUUUUUUUUAAUUUGCAAAAAUGGCAUUUUGGGCGCCCUGGGGCUUCCUGAGGGGGCGCUUUAUCUUUUUCAAGAAGGCGCAGCACAAAUCGGCAACUUGGCAAAUUUGCAAAAUGCAAAGUUUCUCUUGGGCCCUGCUGAGGGCGCCAAAUGGUUUAAGGAGGGCG